UUUAUUUAAAAGAAAUACGGAUAUAUUAGAUAAAAAUUAUAAAAACAUGUUAUCAAAGCCUUUUUCAGAUCCAGUACUUUCAUUAGUAUCUAAUAGUAUUGAAAAAUUGAGUAUAUUGGAUCUAGAGAACUUGUCGUGUAUUUGGACAGUUUUUACAAAAUGCGCGGAAAAUCUUGAAAAUGGGCAUCGACUAGAAAAUUUAUCAUGGCGUCUUUGGUAUAGAACGGCGCUUUUUUGUAAAGAAAAUACAUUAUCGAAUAUCGAUGAAACAGAUAGUGAGGAAUCAAUUACGUCAAUAGAAUAUUCAAAAAAUAAAAAUCUUAAUAUGCCGGAAUUAUCGACUAGUAUAGAAUCAGCGUCAACAUUAGAUGAACAUGAGAUGAAGCAAGUUUCUAAUUAUGAAACAUCUAAAAUACCUACAUUUGUACCAAGUCGUUUAAAAAGACCAAAUACAAUGCAAUAUGUUUCACCAGGUCGAUUUCAAAAAAUUAUUUCAGAUUUGUCACUUUUUAAAGUUGAAACAGAAAAAUGGAAGAAUGAUAAAAUGAUAUUAAAGCAUAAUUCGCAUGAAAAUUGUAUUUCUGAACCUUUAAAAGAAAGUAAAAUGGAUUAUGUUUCACCAAAGGAUUCUGAAUCAUUUACUCAAGGCAUUACGUUUUUAUCCGAUAUGCAUCAGCCUCUUGCAUCAAAUAUAAAGCCGAUAUUUCCUAAUGAAGAAUGUUUGAAUUUAAUUGAACACGUUGAAAAUAUUUCUGAUUUUUUUGCAAAUAAAAUUACACAUGAAACACACGUACAAAAUCAUUCUAUACAAACGUCAAAACACAUGGAAAAGACAGAUAAAAUCUUUUUUAUUCAAGAAACAUUACCAGCAGACUCGUAUAUAGAAUCUUUUUCGAAAAACUGCUUUAAAUCAAAUCCAUUAAAAUUAUCAUCUAAAUCUUCUAUUAGGCCUAAGUCUACAAAACAUAUUACAUUUGAAAAACCGUCUAGUGCAUCAUCAUUUGAAACAUUUAAUAAUGAACAAUCUAAAUAUAAUAUUGACUCUAUAGAUAAUGAUGAUGAUAAUGAUUGGGAUUCUAUAUAUGACUCUAGCGAUUCUUCAGUCACAAACGAUAAACCUAUAUUUCAGAAAAUAGACACGCGCUUGUUACAAUUACAACUUAAUCCUCAAAGGUCUUUACUAUCUUUUAUGCUGCAAAAUAAAGUUAAUGGGAAUUUAAUCAAUUCAUGUUCUAAAUCAUCUCCGGCUAUUGCGUUAUCACAAACUUCUAUUUCGUAUUCUAUUUCUAAGCAAAUGCCUCAAAAUAUCCAAUAUCAUACAACUCGUAUGGAGAAUCAAUAUCCAUUAGUGAUAUCUCCUCGAACAAUACGUAGGAAUAUGUUUGCUACAGAGUUAUCGGAAAGUCUUCGCAAGAAUUUAUUAUGGGAGCGUCAACAAAGAGCAUUAACACCAUAUGCUACAUUAAAACGUCGUCAUACUGAAUUCGAUGUUACAAAAUUAAACGAAUUUUCAGACAAAUCAGAUGGAGAAAAUUAUGAUUUCUUUCAUGAUAUCAAUUAUAGUUAUCAUGUUGCUGGAUGGUGAAAUACAGUUCUUUUAUACUAUUUAUACCAAUUAAAUAUCUUAUUUA